GCGACGCGCCCUGCAUUGCGGCCCGAGCACGUAAGCAAAACAACUCCAAGAAUGUGCCGCGCCAUAGACAAUUCCCCUGCCCCGAAUGUUUUAUAGGCGCCGUAGAGAGCGAGUGCAGUCCAAGGCCGCCAUUAUUUCUGGAUCCUCCCCUGAAUCCCAGGUCCCAGGUCGGUCGUCCUCCACUCCUCCUCCAGAGCGACGAGCUGCGGCGCCAACCGGACAAGAAUAUGAGAGAUUGAGAGGUAUAUAAUCCGACGGCCAUAUCCCGGAGAGGCAGAGAGAGGGAGAGGGAGCAGUGGUAGGAGAUAGUCGGAGAGAUGGCUGCGGGGACGCUGCAGAUCAGGCCGAAGGCGAAGAGCCUGUGGCUGCUGGUGCGCCGGCUGCUCUGCCGCGGCAACAAGUUGCACAGACCGCCCGCGGGCGCCGGGGACCAGCAGGGGGACGGCUGCGGGGAGAAGAGGAGCCUCCUCGGCCGGAGCGGCUCCCUGGAGGAGCUCCUGGGGCCGGACGUCGCCGGCGCCGUCCGCCGCAGCGCCAGGAAGGACGUCCAGGUCGUCCAGCACGUGCUGCUGCCGCCUGAGCGGCAACGGCAGCAUCACGCGGACAUGGAGUUGGUUCGCCCCGAGGUAACCACAGCGGACGCGCCGCUGGCAGUUAGCGCCGUGGCCGUGCAGCAGUACCGGAGGUUCAUGUUCGGCGGGUUCCGGCGGCGGCUGAUGAUGCGGAGGCAGUGGCGGCCGAUGCUCGUCGCCAUCCCGGAGUGAUCCGCCGUCCAUCGGUCGUAUGGACACCGUGUCCCGUCCCGUGGAAUCCGGCUGCCAUGUUCGUGCAGACAUGUGGGUGUAGCUUUUCGUGCUGUCGAGUUGUUCCGGCCCUUCCUUUGUUCGUUUCUUGCUGCGAUCGCGUAGAGGUUGAUGCUGCUGCUGUGGUGGUGCAUGUAGUAGCGAUGUUGGCACAUAACUUUCGACAUUGUUAUUCUUGGAAGCAUCUCGAACAAAUCUCUGCUCAGCAGCCAUGGAAUAAGUUUGAGAGCGACUA